AUGGCAGCAGAGGUUGAUACUACUACUAGUGGUGAACAUCAAACUCCCAAUCGAGAUUUACCGUCAGAUCAUUCGCCCUUUAUGAUCAAUUCUUCUAAUUGCUUCCCUAUCACUCUCAAGUUCCUUGACGUGUGUUACCGAGUGAAGAUAGACAAAAAAUUACAGUACAAAGGCGGCUGCUGUUUCUCAAAAGGACGCCUCAUGCAAAAGGGACAACCCGGACAAGAGCCACAAGAACGGACCAUCCUACAUGGAAUCACAGGCAUGGUGUCUCCGGGAGAAAUCCUAGCCAUUCUCGGGCCAUCGGGUAGCGGCAAAUCCACGCUCCUCAACGCCCUUGCUGGCAGGCUUACCCGGAGACACCAUGGGACCGUAUUAGCCAACGGACGAAGCCUCACCAAAGCCGUCCUCCGUAGGACCGGCUUCGUCACUCAGGACGACGUUCUCUAUCCUCACCUUACCGUCCGCGAAACCCUCGUUUUCUGCUCCCUCCUCCGCCUCCCUCAAAGCCUCUCCAAAAGAGACAAAAUCUCCGCCGCCGAGUCGGUGAUCUCCGAGCUGGGAUUGCACAAGUGCGAGAACACCAUCAUCGGCAAUACCUUCAUACGUGGCGUGUCGGGAGGAGAGAGAAAGCGAGUGAGCAUAGGGCACGAGAUGCUGAUGAAUCCCAGCUUGCUGAUCCUGGACGAGCCGACGUCAGGCUUGGACUCUACGGCUGCUCACCGGCUGGUCAGCACGCUGGGGUCGCUGGCUCAGAAAGGAAGGACGAUCGUGACGUCCAUGCACCAGCCGUCGAGCCGAGUUUACCAGAUGCUCGAGUCGGUGCUGGUGCUGAGCGAUGGGAAGUGCUUGUAUUUUGGGAAAGGGAGCGAGGCCAUGAGCUACUUUGGAUCUCUUGGCUUCUCGCCGGCUUUUCCUAUGAACCCUGCGGACUUUCUCCUUGAUCUCGCUAAUGGUACGCCACCUUUUCCAACCUUGUUCUAG